AUGAGCCUUUAUAACAAUAAUAGUCAAAGAGAUUUUAGUGAUGAUAAUGAUACUCAUUUUUCUGAUAGCGAAGAUGAAAAUAUUCAAGAUAACUUAGAGGAGACUAUUACUAGCAUUUUAAGUUUAUCUAAUAAGGACAAGUCGAGUAUACUAGAAAACCUGAAGAAUUGUUUGGCUACUACAUACAAGGAAAAGGUUGAAGUUAAUAUCCAAAAAACAAUUGAAGAAGGAUGGGAAGUAGCUAGAGCUAAAAAACUUCUAGAUGAGUAUUAUGAGGCAAUUGUAAACCAUUUUGAUGAAAUGUCAGAUGUCGAUCAUGAAAUGCUUAUUACAGUAUUCAGUAAACCUCCCUUUAGUGACUUCUCUUAUAGACAUGAUACUGAAUUAAUUUGGUGCCCUCUAUUUAAUAAUGAGGCCUCUGAACAUUGCUAUCAUUCAGAAAUUAUAAAUCCUUUGCUUGUGGGAAUAUUUGAAAUGAUUGAACGUUCUGUAUGGCUUGAAAUUGGAGAAAUUGAGAAUGAAAUACAAGAAAUGAUACCAAGAAAGACAAUAAGCGAUCAAAACUUGGAAUGA